UAGUUUUUGACAAAUGAUGAUGGAUGAAACUAAAAAGUCCACAGAAGAAACAAGCUUUGUUUUCCCCGUUUAUCCCCUAAAUUCGAUUCAUCCAAACUGCCCACAUUCUCGGCACGGAAACGAAGCGAGCGCGCGACUUCCGCCUCAACACUUCGGCCGAGAAGCACCGCCCGCUUUGCACAUUUUCCGGAAGUUUGUUCCGUUUCUUAGCAACACAAGAACGCUGUCCAUUUACGUUUGCGUUUUUCCAUUUGACAGACGUUUGCAAAACGAACCAGGGAGAAAGGAACAAUGGAGGACAGCAAAGAGACACCGCCACAGGACGAGAGCAGCACUUCUGAGUCCCUUAAUGGUCCCGAUUCAACGGCACAAGACUCUGCAGUGCCAGUUGCCGUUCUUCAUGAGGGUGGAACAGAGGAACAGUCUGACGGAGGGCAGGAGGAGCAGGAUAAUGAAGAUGCUUCUACACCCUCCCAGUCCGGAAUUGGUGGCACUGGAGCCUCUUUGACUCCACCCAGUAAUGCUGAUGAGUACAGUGCAGAUAUGCCUGUGCUACCCAUGCCUUCUUUGCAGCUCUCCACCCUGGUUGCUGGUAGUGAGAAGGAAGUGCCAGAUAUGGUUGGGAAAGAGCAAAAUGAGGAGCUGGUCAUUUUGGACCCUGAACAUCCCUUGAUGAAGAGGUUCCAGUUGGCUUUGAAGAAUCAUCUGAGUAAGCAGCUGGAGGGACUCGACGUAGAGCUCCGUGAGAUGCUGGCUGAGGAGCGAAUGGAGAGCACCCGGCGCGAGGAGCUGGGCGUAGAGCUGUAUGGGGUGCAGCAGCAGCUGGCCCGACUGCAAGCGAGUCUGGAGGGCCGGCAGGAGGAGAACAAGCAGGUGGCUCAGCAGCGGCAGCUCGCACAGGAGCGGCUGGAGGAGAUGCGUACCCAGCAUCGCACCACUGUCAACCAGACAGGCCAGCAGAGGGCACAGGUGUCGCAGCUGCAAGCUGAUGUGGACAACCUCGCCCUACACCUCAUCUACCUGCAGGAGGCAAACGAGGACCUGCGCUCUGACAUUAGCGCCAUGAAGAACGCGUCCCAGAAGGCCAAGGCCGAGAAACUGCAUGCAGAGGAAGAGAAGCAGAAGCAGGACCUCUAUGUGGAGCGGCUGACUAAGCACAUGGAGAAACUGACUGAACAGAUCGCCAUGUACGAGGUCCAGAUUGCUGCACAGGCUGAGGAGACCCAGGCGGCCAAGCAGGUUCUGGCUGAGGCUCAGAUGGAGAUGGACACCCUGGAUGUGGAACGGAAGCAGCUGCUGCAGCAGUGGAACAGCAGUCUGCUGGGCAUGAAGAGGCGCAAUGAGGCCUAUUCUGGUCUGCAAGAGGCCCUCCGAGUGGCGCGUCAUCGAGUGCGGUCUAUGGAUACAGAGAUUGAGGGCCUGAGGAAGUCUGCCAUGCAGGAGGCAGAGCGCAACGAACUACUGACGGCCCUGCUGAACCGCUCCCAAGCAGAUCACGAGGCCUCCCGCAGGCUGACGGAGCAGAGCCGGGCCCAGCAGGAGGUGCUGCAGGCCCAGUACGGCACUUAUGCACGUAUGCUGCAAGAGACGGAGCAGGCGUUGGCCCAUGUCUCAGAGGAGUGCGCCGUGCGUGAAACUAAACUGGCCGCCCUCGGCAAACAGUUGGAAAAGGAGUCGUCCAUUCGCCUCGAGCUGGAAGACAAGAUCUUGGCCAAGAUGCAGGAGCAGCUAACCCAUGACAACGCUGCAAAGUACUCCAAGAGGCUCACGCUGAAGACAGCAACCCACAGAAGGGAAAUGGAGAUACAGGUGUCGCGGCUGGAAAACGACAUUGCGCAGGUGUCACUGGAGGGCUUCGAGACGGCGCAGCGCCUCGAGUCUCUCACUCGGGUCCUCGCGGAGCUGGAACAGGAUGCGGACAGCCGACAAGACCUACUGUCCCGUACCGAGGCUGAGGUCAACAAAGGGAUCACUGUCAUUGGGUGCAAGCAGACCACGAUCAACGUCUACAAUCAGAAGAUUGAGCAAAUUGUUGCCAGCACCGGGCAUGAGGACUUAGGGCCACUGGAGAUCAGAGUGAGCAACCUGACCAAACAGUUGGAAGAAGUGGGGACCGAAAUCAAGGAGCAGCAGCAGCUGUGGCUCUGGCAGCAGGGGGAGCUGGUGAGGCUGAACCAGGAGCGGCAGGCGCGGAGCUCGGCCCUGCUCACCCUGCAGAUGCAGCUCACCAUCCUGCAGCAGAAGAAAGUGCGCACGGAGAGUGAGAUCCAGCAAGAGCAGCGGGAGCUGGUAGAACUGGACCGCCACACCAGGGGUCUGGAGGCUGACAUGCUGAAGCUCAACACUCUGCUGAACAAGAACGUGCGGCUGCGUGAGGAACUGGAGCAGGGCAACGCCUUGAUGAAGAACGACUUCCUGCAGAGGCUUAAGGAGGCUGAGAAGGAGUCCGUGGAGAUGCAGAUGAAGCUGGAGAAGAUCCAGGAGGAGAAGGAGAGAUUGCUCAACAGUCUGGUGGAGGCGGAGCAGCAGAUGAUGCUAUGGGAGAAGAAGAUCCAGUUGAUGAAGGAGACGCGCUCUGUUGUGGACUCCGAUGUCACCCAGGAGGAAAUCCGCAGCAUGAAGGCCGAGAUCCACCGCAUGGAGGUUCGACACGCGCAGCUGACGAAGCAGCAGGAGCGGCUUUUGCGCGACAUGGAGGCCGAGGUGGCGCGGCGGGAGACGAUCGCGGUCCAGAGUGAGGUGCAGGCCAGGGCUGACCGGAAGCAGCCCACACAGACAGACUUGUACAAUAUCCUUCAAGGCCUGCGCAGAAAGAUCCAGGACACUCAGAAGCAAGCGGAAGAGUGUGACCAGGUAAUCAAGGACCUGGACAAGACCCAGCAGGAGGUUACGAACAGCCUGAUGGAGAAGCAACGGCGGCUCGGUGAGCUGCAGGGCACCAGGGCAAUGCUGACUGCAGAGCUGUGCCACUUACAGGACACCAAGGAACAGAAUCUGGUGAAGCUGCUCGCGCUGCAGGGACGGGCCCGGCAUCUGCGCGCCGUGCGGGAGGGCAGCUAUGUCCCGACAGCAGCCAGCAAAGCAAAUACGGUGGAACCUUCCAUCCAGCAGCAGGAGGAUCGUCUCAACGCUUUCAGUACCGUGCUGCACCGCGUCUGCCAGGAGCUCCCACAGCACCAAGGCACCCUGAGACGCCUCAGCCUGGCCUUGACUACGCGCCUGCAGGGGUCCCAGGCUUCUUCCAGGACAAUGUCCUUGUGAUAUUAUAGAGGCUGGGAAAUCAACAGAGCUACACUUUAAUAACAGGAAUUGAAUGUUAAUCAACUAAUAUGAAACUGUCAGUUGUGGACGGGAACAAUGAAAAGCAGCGAACAGUGUGUUGCUGUAAUUGUGCGCAAUUUUUAUUUAUUGUUUGAUGUGUCACUUUAACAUUAGCCAGUGAUGUAUGUCCACUCUGUUUGUGUACAGUUAUACUUCAGGUAUUAGCACAGUAAAAGGGAGCAAUGGUUCUCAUAACCAAAUUACUCCUCCUGUAAAGUCCGGAAAAAUAAGGUAAUUCCAGUUGCUUUUAUGUUUCAUUUUGUGUGUGAUGCAGGGGUGAGGGCACCCCACCUCGGGGUUAUUGGCUACACCUGAUGGAUGGGGGUCAGGUGCAGCAAUACUGUUUAAAUGGACUGUCAAAGGACAGGACACCUCACAUGGGGGGAGCUGAGAACUGGUGUGGAUACAGAAUGAUGUUGUCCAGUGUUCCUCUCUUAAGUUAUGUGUUUUUUUGGACUGUAUUUUAAAUUUUAGUAAAAUUCCAUCCCGUACUGCUUUGCACCUGCGCAUUCCCUGAACCCAGCACACCCAGUGUGCCACACU